AUGAUUUCGCUCCUCAGCGCAAACUCGUCAACCCUCUCCCAAAGGGCCUUGCAGCGCGCGAUCCGACGCGCUUUAUCGAAGAAUCCCAAUGACCAAAGACAGCUUCAUGUCGGUUUGAGUCGAUAUUCCGCAUCGAUACCGUCAAGACAUAUCAUCAAUACCUUGUCUACAGCUCGAGUGUGCUUGCCUCGUCGGUCAAACACACCGAUCUCUCAACAAACUCAUAGUCGCAUCAAGGCGUCAACCUCCCCAAAUCAUAUUCCUACCAUUCAACAACGCUAUGCCUCUACUGGUCCCUUACCUUCGCGUCCUCCUCGUUCCAAAUCUGAACGUCGUAUACGGCGCCUGCGGAACCUUCUAUUCGUCCUCACAAUACUAUCCAUCUUAUACUAUACCUACUCGCCUUUCCGACACACCGUCAUGGCCGCGGUCAGAUGUGCAAGGUUGAUGCAGGCCGUGCUCCUAGACGUUUGGGAUUACAAGCAAGUUUUCGCUGCUGAGGAAAAGCUAGGUGCACCAGGAAGGGAUUUAACAGAUGAGGAAAAGCAGAUACGUCGAAAGGCAAGGAAAGACUGCCAUACUAGAAGUGCAACGAGACUGUUAGAAGCAUUAAAGAAGAAUUCGGGAAUCUACGUCAAAUUAGGACAACAUGUUGCUGCUGUACAGGUCUUGCCUAAAGAAUGGACUCAGACGAUGACACCAUUACAGGAUCAAUGUUUUCCAACUCCUACAGAAGAUAUCGAUAAGAUGUUGAAAGAAGAUUUGGGGUUAGGUAUCAACGAUUUAUUUCAAGAUUUUCAACCUAAUCCUAUAGGAGUAGCAUCUUUGGCACAAGUACAUCGAGCGAUAGAUAAGAAAACUGGCGAAAGUGUCGCAGUCAAAGUUCAACAUGCCGAUUUGAAAGAAUUCGCAAAAGUCGACAUGGUAACUGUGAAUUUCGCGAUCCACUUUGUGAAAUAUGUUUUCCCAGAUUUCGAAUUUAGUUGGUUAGGGGAAGAGAUGAAUCAUAUGUUACCUUUAGAAAUGGAUUUUACGAAUGAAGCUUUGAAUUCUAAACGAUGUAGGGAUGAAUUCAAACAUCUAAAAGGAAAGACGAGCUUGUAUUUACCGAAAGUACUUUGGGCGGAAAAAAGAUGUAUGGUAAUGGAAUUCAUUGAAGGUGCAAGGGUGGAUGAUUUAGUUUAUUUGAAAAAUAAUGGAAUUGAUAGAAAUCAAGUUUCUCAAGAAUUAUCGAGGAUAUUCAGUCAGAUGGUUUAUAUAAAUGGAAAUUUCCAUGCGGAUCCACAUCAUGGUAAUUUAUUGAUUCGACCUAAAGCCAAAACAUCAUCGAGUCCUUUCAACUUUGAUGUAUGUCUAUUGGAUCAUGGUCAAUAUUUUGAUAUACCUGAUGAUCUCAGGGUGAACUACGCCCAUUUCUGGUUAUCGCUGAUUAAGAAAAGCUCAAAGAAGACAACGGAGGAAAGGAGAUAUUAUGCUAAGUUGGUUGGAAACAUUGAUGAAGAUAUGUACCCAUUCCUCGAAUCAGCGAUCACCGGUCAAAUCAACAUGGCAGAUGAAACGAAUGAUCCUACUUAUGGAUCUGGAAGUAGACCUACCUCUCUACUUGAGCUGGGCACAGGGUCCAUGAGCGAUGAUCAAGUCGGGAAGCUGAGAGCGGCUAUGAUGGAAAGAGAUGAUUUGAUCGUAUCGAUAUUUGAGCUUUUGAGGACUGUUCCGAAACGUCUAUUGAUGAUUCUCAAAUUAUCUGAUUUACAACGUUCCCUAGAUCAGAGUCUGGCUACCACCCAUGGUCAGAAUAGGGUCUUCGUCAUUGUUGCUAGGUACUGCGCUAAAGCUGUUUGGCAAGCCGAUAUAAAAUCGAUUCGUCAAUCUUUAAGCAACACCGGUCUCUCCUUCUCAAUCCUACGUCGAUUCAUCUCUUCUCUAUGGGACUAUACAUAUUGGAAUACUACCCUCGGUAUAGUCGAGUACGGUAUGGAUAUUAGAGCGCGAUGGGUGAAAAUCACCUUGUGGAUGCAUGGACUGGGAAAAGGUGGUUUGAAAGAGGCUGAGGAAGAAGCUGCUGGAUUGAGAAGUAAAAGGCAUACGGUGAAAUCUCCUUUGGGGUUAUCAUAA